UCCGCGCCCUCUGACAGGAAAGCGUCCCGCAGGAAGCGAUGUCUUUUAAUAUCCAAAUAGCUAAACGUUUAUUGUUAUUUGUGAUAACCGCUCAUUUUUACUCGUUUAUGUUUUGCAGCUCAAAAAGUUUAACAAGUAGGCCUAAUGUUUUGUCGAAUUAUCGAGUAGAGGAAUCGGCGACGGCUAUGUGGGACGACAGACAAGAGAAACACCGAACGCAGGGCCAGCAACCGGCGGCCGAGCAUGUUACUGAUGGCUCCUCUCCGCGAAAAGACACUCAGUUAGGCCCCCCACUUCGGCACGACCUUCCCGAAGAUUUCCUCGCACUUAUUAGUGACUUAAAGCUCGACGAGGUACACGCUACACUGAACGGUUCGUUUUGGACACCUGGUAAUGUCAGCGUGGGACAUGGGUCUCCGGCUCAGGACUCUGAUGAGGGGUACCAGGCAGACUUUACAGGUUAUCUUGAAGUUCAGGGGGAGGUUUCUUACCCCAGGUCAUAUAUAUUUAUGAAGCCUUUGGUGAAGUGCAUUGAGAACGUCAUGAUCUUCACGGCUUCUGGUCAAGGACUGACACACCUGUUAGUAGACAGAGGGAGAGCCUCUCCCAUCUCCAUUUUACAGUUGCCUGCAUAUUGUGGCUACAUGGUAAAGGCAACAUGGAACAACUUGGAGAUAAUGGCGCCUUAUGAUGGAUGCUACAUCACCCACGAGAAUGGCAGUUAUGUGCUGCAUAUGGUGUGGAUGGGCAGCCCGUUGAAGCUGUCUUGCCCCAUGAUGCCCACGGAAUUUCUUUCGUUGUCACCACCCUCGACGGCAGUCUUCUGCUCCCCGUAUGGCAUGGCAGUACAGUUACAUGGGCAGAAACGCAAUCCACCACAGCUGAGAGUCCUCGUUGAUGGAGCUUGGAGCCCGUUUGUAUCUGACCUAUGUGCACUCCAGACUGAGUCCCAGUCAAAGAACAUCAUAUUUGUCAUUUCCUACAACGCUCCUUGUAUCACUGUUGACAAUGGGCUUCAACUCAAGAUUACUCUAAAUGAUCAAGAAUAUGAUCUAUCCUGCCCAGUCUUUCCUCAGUUAAGCCAUAAACACUCUCAGCAUCAGCCCCCUACUUCUUUGCCCAGUUACCCUUGGUUAAGCUUCAUUACAGAUCCCACCCAUACCGUACCUUCGCCCCCUCUUUCUUCUCCACCCAAAACUCAAAAUCAGCAGCAGACUGCCCAUAUUCCGAACCAUCAUUAUUACGCCCACCCUGGCCUCCAGUACCACCACCUACCCAUGGUCUACCGUCCUGUCCCACAAUUCUCUCAUCCACUUCAGCCAACCAUUAAAGUCCCUCAACGGCCCCAGCAACCGUCCCAGUACCCAUCAGGACCCGACAUGUCGGGCCACUAUUUUAACGGUCACCCGCAAUAUCCUUAUCUUAUACCGAGGGAUCAUUUUCACCAUCAAGUUCCUAAAUUAUCCACCGUCUCUUCUCAAUAUGAACCCCAUCCUCUACACUCCUAUGGUGCAUUGGCUCCAACAAUGCAAGAAAAGCCUAGACCUCUAGCAAGUUAUCAACCUGCACUCGCAACAGCACCAACAACCAAAGCGCCUUCUCCUUUCCCUUCUCCUUCUCCACUAAAACAGCCCACACAUCCACAGCAUCAAACCAGUCCGCUUAAGCCACAGCUGUCGUAUUAUGCUCAGUGGCUAGUUUCCCACCCAGCUUUACAUCCUUCUGCUUCAUUUGGUAUCCCCACAGCCAGUACCAGAGGCAGCUCCACAUAUCCAUCCAACCAGUUUUAUGACAAACAUCCCCCUUACUUUCCACCACCUAAACAUCUACCACCUGCCAAAGGAAAGCCCCAGAAACCACACGCACCGCAAAUUACGUGCCGGUCAUCUAGUGACCCCUCAUGUGGCUAUCAUCACAUUUUCCAACCACAAGACAACGAUCGGCCCCAUCCUUCAUUGCCCAGCUCUGUGGAUAGUAACCAUCCAAAGAUGGAAAUUCUUUCCGCCACCACUUCCCCACCUUGGCUCACUCCACACACUCCAUCUCUCCAGUGUCUGAAGGGAAGACUGGUUGUCUUCCUGCCUUUUGCUGACCCAGCGUCCAUCCAGGUCAGAGAACACCUAAAGAAAUGGAUGCUCCUGUCCAGUGUGUCUGAACUUUGCGGCUACAUGGUACAGAUUGUUGCUGGCUAUGGGGUGAUCCUCUACUCUCCCCUGCCUGCCUGCCACAGCCAGUUUGAGCCCCCGUCAACCAUUUCCUUGCACAUAAGGUAUUGGGACCUUUCCAUCUGGCAGAAUAGGACCUGGGACCUGCGUUGCCCAUAUCAAAGUGUGCCUGAAACUCAAGCACCAGCCAUUCCCUCAACUAUUCCGCUACCACCAAGCACAACCAAGGACGAGAGCAGCCAGUUUGUCAUGAGGACUGAAGUCCUUUGUAUGCCCCAGCAGAUGAAUGUAGUUCUCCCCCCUGGUCCCAUUUCAGAAAUAGCAGUUACGGAUAUCAAGGGGAACCAGGUGAAUCUCCUUGAAGCGUCGAAAGACUGUGGUUAUCAUGCAGAGGUGGCCAAAGAUGGCAAAAUCCAUCUGACUCUGCAGCUCCAUUCACACUGUCAGAUGAGUGUGCAAGCAAAGUGCGACCUUCAUAGCGAAUACCGUCUCCCCUGUGGAUCUGGCUCUGUGUCCCAGACAGAGUGCCUCUCCAUGGGCUGCUGCUUCAACAAGCACCCCCCAACCUGCCACUACCCCAUGGAUGAGUGCACUAUUGACCGCCACAUGAUCUUCUACGUGCCCGCCUCCCUUACAGACCCCCCCCUUUCCCCUGCUCUACUUGUUGCUGCCAACAAUUCAACCUGCACACCUGAAAAAGCGACCUCUGACUACGCCUUGUUCAAUAUCCCAAUGGAUGGCUGUGGGACACGCAGAGUGGUGGUGGGGAAGACGGUCGUAUAUAUGGUGGAGAUCACCAACAUGAUACAUGCAGUGAGCCUCAACUACGGCACCAUCACAAGGGAUACUCCUGUCAGGCUGCUGGUUGAGUGCAGGUACGUGCCAGGAACAGCGUUGAGUGUGAGUUACAUGGUUAAAACUCCCUCCUUGGGUCCAGAGAUUCACACUCAAGGUGUGUUUGGAGUCCAACUUAGAAUUGCCCAAGAUGCUCACUACAGCAGCUACUACCCACAGUAUCACCAGCCUCUGCAUAUGUUGCUGGGGAAACCUCUCCAUCUGGAAGUACGGCUCCUCAACUCCCCAGAUCCCAGUUUGGUUCUGCUGGUGCACUUCUGUGUUGCCUACCCCCGCUCCGGAAAAGCUGUGUGGGUGCUGCUUUACAACGGGUAUGGUGUCCGAACCCCUUGGAUCCAGAACCAUCAAAGGCAGUUUUGUCUUACCCUAAAGCACCUGCUCCUCAGAGUCAGACCCGCCGCUUCACCGUCAGCACCUUCCAGUUUCUGCCUGACGGUGAAUUCCAGGACACGGAUGAAGAGAUCUACUUCAUGUGUUCAACUGAAAUCUGCUCGCCACACAAUGGGCCUUGUGUUGAAGGAUGCUUUGCCCACUGACGUUUUCUUAGUUGUGACAUGGAGGAUGCUUGAAGUUUAUCCAGAUAAUUUGAUCCCUCAUUUAACCACCAAUAAAAGCUCUUCAGUAUCAUUGAUGGUGUUUGUGUUCCUAACCCUGGAGCCAGGUGGCAUUAAAAAGAAUUGGCUCUUUGGAGACAUGUGA